CGCCCGCACUCGGCCCAUCGCUGCGAAGGAUAGCUGAAAUUCUUGCAUCACGUCUUUAGUCCAGUACUGCGAGCGUUGGACCAGCUUUUUCCGCGUGCGUCUUUGUGGGAGAGCUAAGCCAGGCAGGGAGGCUGCAGCUGCCAGGCGCCAAGGCGCAGCGCAGUGCAUCGGAAUAACUCACAAAGAGCAGUCAUGCGCACCCGAGCGCUGCGGCUCGUCGCCCUCGCAUGCAUUUGCAGCGCCGAUGACUCCAUACCAAUCGGACUGGGCGAUGGCAGUACGCAGCGAUUGCAGCUCGGCUGGUUCCCGCGUGAUACCGAUGCGACGGAAGCGUUCUGCAGCGAGUACAGCGUCUCGAGUGACGACUGCGCCACGCUGUAUCGGCAUGUAACAGCCAAACGCGACGGCUUGGGCCGCUUCUUCGUAGCAGCGACCGACCAAGCUGCCGCAUUACCGUCGCGACGACUCUUCGCGUUGCUCGACGGCGAGUUGAUGUUCCGUUCCACGGGCACGUCGAAUCCUGGCCGGAAUUACCCGGGCAUGUGGCUGCCGACCGCGGGAAUUUGUCCGUGGUGGUUUCAGCAACCGACAGAGGGCCGCCCGCGGAGCUUCGCGGAAAUUACAGAUUCCGCUACGGCUCUGCGAGCGGGCGCCGAACAGAGGGUCUUCGACAAGCGGUUCGCGUUCGCCUACCACGAGAACGAAGACCUCGAGGCCUGGGCCGCGUUGCGGGACGAUCUGCGUGGCAUGGCGGCAACGGACGGUAACGGCCGCUACGCCUUCGACCGGUUCACGAGCCUGCGCCAGCUGGUCGCGAGCAUACGGCUAGGCAGAGAGGCCUGGGUCAACGCGGGGCUCGGAGCCGCCGCCGACGAGGUCCUGGCGCGCGGCGCGGCCGCGGGACUUACUACUGACCCCGUCGCCGCGCCGCGCUCCUCGCCAAUCGUCGUCGCGGGGCUGUGCGAGGUCAACGACUUCGUGACGUCUCUGAGAGUACACAUAAUCGGCUGGAUCGCCGCGCGACGAGCGAUCUGCACGCCGGCGCCCGCGCUCCUCGUCGCCGAGCUGGAGCAGCUCACGAGGCAAGCGAGGGGCGCCGCGGCCGCGCUGAACGGGGCCUCGCAAACGGCGGCGAUGGGCGCCGCGGUCGCUCGCGGCGCCGAAGUGUGCCGUGAGGUCUCGAUUGCCGGCGACGCCACGGGAGCAUGCGCGUUUCCAGAAAUACGGGCCGACCUCAGCGCCUACUGGACGCAUAUCAUAAAUCUCGCCCGGGCGAGCGGCGCGCACGACGCCGUCGACGCGGCGUCGCAAGCGGUCAAAGCCGUGCGAAGCGCCGCCAACGCCGACGGGCGCCACCUCGUCGACAAUGCGCGACAUCUCGUCAAGAUUAGUGUCCCAGUAGAGUAUCGCGCGUCGAUGCCGUCACUCGUCUACGGCACGGCGUGGAAGCGCGACGACACGGAGCGGCUCGCGCGGCGGGCGCUGGCCGCCGGCUUCGUUGGUUUCGACACGGCCUGCCAGCCGAAGCACUACGACGAGCCGGCGCUCGGCCGCGCGAUCGCGGGCGCGUCGCGGGAGCGCCUGUGGAUCCAGACGAAGUUCACACCAGUGGGAGGCCACGAUGACCGCAGGCCGUACCACGUCUGGCAACCGGUCGAGGACCAGGUUCGGGCGUCCUUCUCUACGUCUCUCGCGAACCUGGGCACAGACUACGUCGACGCCUUGUUGCUGCACUCGCCGCUCGAGACUUACGAGCUGACGCUGCGUGCCUGGCGCGUGCUGGAGGAAUUCCAUGCCGCCGGAUCUGUGCGGACGCUGGGCGUGUCGAACGUGAAUUUCCAGACCUUCGAGCGGCUCUGGAACGAGUCCACCGUGAAACCUGGUGUCGUGCAGAAUAGGUUUUACAAUCGGACCGGUUACGACCGCGAUCUGCGGGCUUUCUGCAAAAACCACGGCGUCGCCUACCAGGGCUUCUGGACCCUUACGGGGAACCGAAACGUGGUGAGCGGACCCGUCGUGGCGGAGAUCGCGAGUCGCCUCGGAAAGCCGCCGGUCAGCGUGUACUAUAGGGCGCUCAUGCAGCUCGGCGUCGUCGUCCUCGACGGAACGAAGUCGAUGGACCACAUGCGCGAAGACCUGGAAGUCUCGGAUUUCGAGCUGGACGCCGCGGACGUCGUCGCGAUCGAUCGGGCGCUGUCGUGA